AUGGCUAAAGCAAUUUUCUCAGUUGUUCUCCCUAUCAUCUUCUUUGUAAUGUUUGCUUUAGUCGAGGAUAGUAUGGGAUGCGAGGCGAGUCUUGGCGAUUGUCAUAUAUGUGGAAUAAAAUGCAGUGCUUAUGGAAAAGGUGCAGAGGCUCACUGUGAUUACCGCUAUGAUGGUGGUGCUUGUAUUUGUGACUUUCCUUGUAAAGAAGGUCCUCCACAAAAAAAAUUAAAAUGA